CACUCUUCCCUCUCUCUCUCUCUCUCUCUCUCUCUCUUUCUCUCCAUGGAUUCUCCUCUUCUCUCACCCGGAACAGAAACUUGUGGAACCUCUGAAGCUCCCUCAACCAAGUUUGCCUUGCCACCCGACCCGGAGCCGAGGUUGACGGGGUGCUGGAUGGUCACAGUCGACAGGAACCUGGACUGCAUGCCCUCCGACGAGCAACGGUACCUGAAGAAUCCGUGCAUCUACAGGCUCCCCGCCUUCAUCACCAAGCUCAACUCCGAUGCCUACCAGCCACACGUCGUCUCUUUUGGCCCCUACCACCAUGGCGAGGACCACCUCGUCCCUAUGGAGGAACACAAGCACCGUGCGUGCGACCGCUUCCUUGAGCGGUCCGGGAAGUCCCUUGAGCCCUUCUUCGAGUCCUUGAGGGAUGCGGCACGGGACCUCAAGGAGAGCUACGAUGCGCUGAAUGGAAAGUGGAAGGAGGACAGGGGGGACCAUUUCCUGGAGCUGAUGAUCAGGGACGGCUGCUUCAUGCUCGAGAUCAUGAGGGCCACCACGGCAGAGAAGGAAAAGAAUGACUACGCGCCCAAUGAUCCCAUCUUCAGCACCCACAGGCUGGCAUACAUAACGCCGUAUAUAAGACGGGACAUGCUGAUGCUGGAGAAUCAGCUGCCUAUGCUAGUGCUGUAUCAACUGGUCGCUGUCGAGAGCAAUGGUGAGGAGCGUGAUGAAUACAUCAACAAGACCAACAACCUCGUGCUCAGUUUCUACUCCCUCGACACGAGCAUCACGGGGAUGGGCAGAUGCCUGCAUGUCGUGGACGUCUUCAGGAAAGGCCGGCUGAGGAGCCCCAAAAGGUCCAGCACAAGAAAAUAA